AUGAACGAUCGGACCGCUUGGGCUCUACGCCGGCAUCCCGAGCGCCGCUUGGAAUUCCCAUGGCAGAUGUGCCGAGCGUUCAAAGGUCCACUUGCUUUGAUGGCACUUCCACGCAUAUUCUUGAUCGGAUUUACCUUCUCACAACCCUUCUUGAUCGCAUCUGUUCUCAACUGGCUUGAUAACUCACAUAGCGCGAGCAAUCUCGGUUACGGCCUCAUCGGCGCUAAACUUCUAAUAUAUUUGGGAAUGGCCCUCUCAAACCUCAUAUACGACCAGAUGUUAUAUCGGUUGGUGACAAUGUUUCGAGGGACGGCCUCAUCAAUGAUCUACGAUCAUGCCUUACACAUCCCCGAUGGCACUCUAGGGGAUCGUUCUGCUACGGUGACUCUAAUGACUACCGACGUGGACCGGAUCAUUGCCAGUCUAAUCACUUUGAAUGAAUUCUGGGCGCGGACGAUUGAAGUGGGCAUUGGCAUUGCGCUACUCGCGCUCCAGUUAGGUGGCGGAAGUAUCUAUAUCUCGAAGCAUAUAGGGGGACAUCAGAAAGUAUGGGUGGAUGCUGUCCAGCAACGCAUAUCAAUCACCCGCUCACUGCUGGACGGUAUCCAAACUAUCAAAGCGACUGGCUUAUCUCAAACCUUUGUUCGGCUUGUACAGAGAAAAAGGGCUGAAGAAACCCAUCAAAUGGCCACGUACCGAUGGAGUGUGGUCUGGAAGAAUAUGAUCCAGAAUCUGCCUUGGGCCUUAGCUCCAGCUUUGACCUUCGUAGUCUAUGCUGCCCAAGGAAAGGAGCUGAAUGCUACCAAGGCGUUCAGUAGUUUGUCCAUUAUAACUCUUUUGACUAACCCGGCCUCGAAGCUAUUGAGUGCGAUUCCUUCCAUAGCGGCUUCGUCGGGAUCCUUUGAUAGAGUACAAACAUUUAUUUUACUGGAAACCAGUCCUCAACACACAACGGAGGGCCUUUAUCGCACGAGAGAAACGGAAGUUGACGCAUCUCCGCACAUCGCCGAAAUGCAAUACAUGUCUUUCAAGGGCCCACCAGACACAACCAACCUUCAAACACCUGUCAUCUCAAUGAAAAAUCUCAGCAUUCGCCCAUCCUCAUCGGCAAAAAUUGUCUUGAGAGAUGUUAAUUUAGAAGUCCCUCUCGGAGCACUGGCCAUCAUCCAAGGGCCGGUUGUAUUCAGGAAAAUCGAGGCUGCUUCGGGCUAUACUUGGCCAAACAGUUUGCGAGACAAGGUCAACGACAGUGAACAUUCGACAACCGGCUUUUUACGCUCAAACACCGUGGGUCCCAAGUGUCCCGAGCAAUCGGAAGACGUUGCAACCAACACGGCUAGUGAUAUCCAUAAACUGGCCCGGAUUCUCACUGACCAACUCCAACAACACCAUGGCUGCUGCCACCAGUGCCAUACGCAGCAGGAGAGUGAGCAUCAAAUGCAUCAUACGGAGCAUCUUAGCCUAGGAAAGUAUAUAGACCGGAUUCAGGCAGAUGGGAGAUACCCGGAUGUUCUUAGUGCUGCGACGAUGGCUAGACGAGAGGACAACCUAGCCGGACAGACCAGCACAGACCGAAAACGGGAGAUCUAUACUGGUAUCAAUUCAGCCACGCCUGACGCUGGUCCAUUGCACCUCGGCCUUGUUUCCGACCAUGAGCCGGAACGCCCGACCACGGUGACUUUUGAUAUCGAUAGUAUCGUGGGAUUGUUGCAUAGCCUAGCAGUGGCUAAACUUGGAGUCCGGUAG